UGUCAAGAGGCAAUUUCUUGUAGAAAGUUUGUUAGAAAACAUCUGAACUAAAAUGGACCGAAGGGUGUCAUUGUUUGAGGUCGUUUAUAAUGAGCCCGUUACUCAUUAAUGAAGUUCGCGUCUGCGUCAGAGCGCUGUCCCUCAACGCGUCCCGCUGAACGCGACGCGGGUAAAGUUGGGCGUUCACUUUCCGUCCGCGUGACAUCACCUCGAAAGGGAAUUCUCACGCUCGGCAGGUCCCCUAUAAAACCGGCUCUUAUCUCCAACGCCGGAGUCACCGAGAGCUCAGCCGCCGCCAUCGAACAACGGGAGGUCUGCUCCAGCCCGUUUCCACCGCCAUGUCUUCGUACUCGUCUUCAGACUCUCACCGGGUCAGCCCCGCCGUGAGCGGCGUCAAGUUCGACACGGCGCACCGCAAGAAAGCGUCGCCGAACAUCUUCGAGAACGUCAACCAGGACGUCCUGGUGAAACUCUUCGAGAAAGCAGGAGACCUGAAGGCGGCGGAGAGAGCCAGGAGCAUCCUCGCGCUGCACCAGGACCCCGAGGGCAUCUCCAAGGCGCUCAUGGCUCUUCAGCAGGACAAGAAAGACAAAUUUAUGCUCAUUACCGGACUGACGCGCCAGUCGAUACGGUUCCGAUGAGAGGUUUUCGUUGGGGAGCUGUGCGAGAUGCGUGCACGGAGAAAGAAACCCGGAGCCUGGCGCUCCUCGAGGCUUUGUGCUGAACUUGUGACUUACAGAGCCAUGCUGGCGUGCUGAGAAAAUACAGAGAGGGGAGGCUAAACUGAUCCAGGGCGGGAAAGAUGAGCUUGAAGACACCUGAGCGUCGAUGCUUUUUGACACCAAGAAGAGAACGUUUGAAAUAUGGCCUGAUGGCACGGGUGAAAUUAGCUUGUGAAGAGAUUCAAUAUCAGCAGUGUCGUUUUGCCAUGUUACAGUAUGCUUGGAAAAAAUUUUUAAUAAAAUUGUUUUGAUAAUCCAA